AUGGCUUCAUUCUUACCGAUUCAUGGUAACGAACAGAUUAAAGAGAAAACGAAAACAUCAAAUCAAUCAAAACAGCUGCCGAAAGAUGCUCAAGUUAUCAUUUCUAUCUUGAGAGAUUUGGGGAUUAACGAUUUCGAGCCUCGAGUUAUAAAUCAACUUCUUGAAUUUACCUAUCGAUAUGUUACAACAAUCUUGGACGAUGCAAAAGUUUAUGCCAGUCACUCAAAAAAGAAGGGAAUUGACUUAGAAGAUGUUAAGUUAGCAUCAACAAUGCUUUUGGACAAAUCCUUUACUGGGCCACCACCAAGAGAAGUAUUGCUUGAAGUAGCAAAACAGAAAAAUUCUCAACCACUUCCUACAAUCAAACCACAUUCUGGCAUCAGACUUCCUCCAGAUCGUCAUUGCUUACUUGCUGCUAAUUAUAAACUUCGUGCAGCAACGUCCCAAGCGCCAACAAAGAAACUUGUCAAGUCUGCUUUGGCUGAUGGAAUGUCAACAGUUAAGACAAAGCUUUCAACUACUGGUUCGUCUUCACCAUCUGGAGCUGCAACAAAAAAGCCUACUUUGGGACAAACCGUUAAAGCCGCUGGACAAAGCAUCGUGUCUAUCCCGAAGCCUGUUUUUAAGGUAGCAAAACCGAUUGUCAAUAAACCUCGUCCAUUACCAACUUCGGCAACAAGUUCGAGUCAUCAGCAAGGCAUCGUAACAAUUAAAAUGGACACAGAUAGUGAAAGCUCAGGAUUGAAAAGAAAGCGAUCUGAUGAUUUCGAUUCAUUAUCUUAG